AUGGGAGCCGCGGCGUUGGCCAGGUGGGUCCUGGCGGCUCUGGGAGCAAGGGAGCCGAUGGGAGCGGGGGUUGCCGCUCAAGAGGCUGGACCAACAGCUUCGCCAUUGGUGGCCGAGAAGCCCCCCAAUCUAGCAACCGCACCAACGGCGAUAGAUGGCAGCGCCGAAACCGUGAAGGGGCCGUCUGGGGGGGUGACGGGGACCACGUCGAUUCCCCGCAAACCCCCUGCGGCUAGCAGCGCGCCGGUCGCCCCGUCAGCCGCCAAGGACGAUGGGCCGUCCCUUGCGGCUACUCCACCACCAGCAGGCCCGUCUGCCGUCAAGGAUGAUGCGGCUAACCGCCCUGGUCCGUCCGCCCCAAAGGCGAACGCGCUCAUGGAAAUGCUCCGCCGCAUGGAGACCCAUCGCCCGGGCGUGCAGCCGACUCCCGUGGUCGGUGCCGCUCCGUCCAAACCGGAACGUCGCUCGGUCGCUCCGCAGGUCGGCGCCACAACGUCCAGUGCCCCACCUACCGCUCCUAACAUCGCCGGCCGUCCUCCUGUGGACCCCAAGUCCGCCCUGCUUCGCGCCCGGUUAGGCGCACGUACUGCGGCAGCGCCAGCACGGGCUCGGACAGAAGCCGGCUCAAGCGCGACGCCGACGUCGGUAACCGUAGCUGCACCCUCACUCGGUGCAGCUACUGUCGAGGCGGUGGCGGAGAAGGGCGUGAGUGCAGCGCUAGCCACGGGCGGUCGAUCCGUCGACCCUGCACAGGCGGCGAAAGGCCAGCGCGACGCCGGCAUCGAUGCCAUCCAGGACCUGUUGGAAGCGGUAAACCGCCCCGGGCAGCCCCCUGUUCUGGCCAUCUCGGACUCGGCGCAUGUGGAGCACUCGGCGAGUCCCCCCGGUAGAACAGCGGAGCUAAAGACGACCACUGCAGCUGUGGUGGUCACCAAGUCGAAACAGAAGGGGACGGCCGACACAGGGAAAGGGAGGCCGAGCUCGCAGAGGACAACACGGGGGAAGUCGGUGGAGAAAGGGAAGGAGAAGGAGAAGGAGAAGGAGAAGGAGAAGGAGAAGGCGAUGGAGAAGGCGAAGGAGACGGAGAAGGCGAAGGAGAAGGAGAAGGCGAAGGAGGAGGAGAAUGCGAAGGAGGAGGAGGAGGAGGAGGAGGAGGAUGAGGAGGAGGAGGAAGAGGAGGUGGAGGAGGCGGCGGAGGAGGAGGGCGAGGAUGAUGCUAAGGAGGAGGAGAAGGUGAAGGUGAAGGAGAAGGGACGGAAGGGUCAUGGCAUCCGCCACGACAACUCGGGCGACAAGCAAGGGUGGGUGGGCGAGAUUAAGGUGGCCGGGAACGAGAGUAGAUACAUCGGCAAGUCGCGCGACAAAAUGGAGCUGGCGUACCUCCACUCGAUUGUGUACCUCCUUUACGACGAGCAAGAUUCUCAUGGCCGAGCUCACCGGCUUGACGGAAACCAUGAAGAAGCAGUGGAGGGCGGUGUGGGAGGAGGUCAGGAUCUUGCCGACCGGGAUGUGGACGGUGAUAUGGGCAAGGGGCGCUUUCCUCCCAAAGACCCGUAUCGAGCGUACAAGACAUCAGGCGAUGAGCACCACGCCGCGCUCUUGCCGGCGAUCUGGUUCCCGGUCGAUGCCGACUCGAAGGAAGGGAAGGCGAAGUCGGAUGCAAUGAUGUCGGCCAUGAUUGAUCGCGUGUCCUUGUGCGCUGCGUAUGGGAAAGUCGCUGCCGCCGCGGCGAGGAAGGAGGGCGAAACGGAUGAGACGACGGCGUUGGUGGCACAGGCGCUAUCGGCCUCCGCUUGCGCCCUGUGGUGCUUAGUCGAGGGCGACGCCGCCCAGGUGGCCGAUGCUGUGCGCGAAAGGAAGGCGGCGGCGAUGGUGGUCGGUGCGAGCGGGAAGACCGGUGAUGAGUUUAUGAAGGUCAUGACGGCGGUGCUGGAGGCCGCGAAGAGCAGGGAGCAACCCCUCGGGGAGGUUGCGUACAACGUCGCAACGGCGCUGGAGUCUACAGCUCUGGCGAGAGCCUAUCCGGGGUUGGAUGGAGAAGUCGAAGCCCAAGUGAUCGCACCAGCAACGGUGGAAACCAUGGCGUUCUGGGGAAUGUGCCCCAAGGAUGGGCCGAAACUCAAGAAGAUCGGCAUCGCGGUGCCGCUUGACGCGCAGAUGGCGAAGCUUAUCGAACACAAGGGGGAGGAAGGGCCAGAGGGGCAAGCAGGGCAAGGACAGCUCGGGGAAGAAGGGCCAGAAGGGCAAGCAGGGCAAAGACAGCACGGCGGCUUAGUCGGUAUUGCAUUCUGGUCGCCUGGGGUGGCCUGGUAUGGGCGGCGUCGAUCGUGGAGUUCUCGUUGUGAUUGCUUUUCGUAG